GUGACGUCAGUUCCCCCGUUCACAGAGAGCGAAACAAACAUGGCGAUAGACUCGAGUGGACGGAGGUUUACGCUUACUUUUUUCGUGUUUUCUUGUGUUUUUGCGGGCAGGGAAGCCGAGGCGGCCUUUUCGGAGACACGAACCCCCCCUCGGAUACUGGGCUACCGGCUGGAGGAGAGCGACACGCCGGCAGAGACCUCCGAGAAAGGGGUUAUUCAGGUGACCGAGGGGAGUAAAAUCACCCUCCUCAGGUUCUAUGGGCUCCACUUGUCCCCGGAAUGCUCGAAGAUCGUCGGCUUCACGGAACUUUACUCCAGCGAUAAAGAGGAUGACGAUUUCGGCGCCAUCAGUCUACCAUUUAAUAGGACUUGUCCCGAAAUCACGAAGGAUGUAGUGGUGAAGGGGUCCAUGGAUGUGCGAAACCAGAACACCUCCGGGCUGGUCAGCGUCCACAUCAAGCAGCUCCGCAAGAGCGAGAUGGUGAAGGUGUUCGGCUUGUGCAUCCAGGACCCCCAGGACAAGGAGUGGUACCUGCUGGACGACAAAGACGGCAGACUGCGGGUGGUGGAGGAGAAAAAGUCCCUGCUCCCCGUGUGGCUACAGGUGAUCCUCAUCUCCUUCCUGCUCGUGCUGUCCGGUAUGUUCAGCGGGCUCAACCUGGGGCUGAUGGCGCUGGACCCGAUGGAGCUGCGCAUCGUGCAGAGCUGCGGCACCGAGAAGGAGAAGAAGUACGCGCGGAAGAUCGAGCCCAUCCGCAGGAAGGGGAACUAUCUCCUGUGCUCGCUGCUCCUAGGCAACGUCCUGGUCAACACCACCCUCACCAUCCUCCUGGACGACCUGAUCGGCUCGGGGCUGGGCGCUGUGGUCGCCUCCACGGUGGGCAUCGUCAUUUUCGGGGAGAUCGUCCCGCAGGCGCUGUGCUCCCGACACGGCCUCGCAGUUGGAGCGAACACCAUCAUGGUCACCAAGUUGUUCAUGCUGUUGACUUUCCCGUUGUCGUGGCCCAUCAGUAAGCUCCUGGACUUCGUGCUGGGUCAGGAGAUCGGCACCGUGUACAACCGGGAGAAGCUGGUGGAGAUGCUGAAGGUCACCGAGCCUUACAACGACCUGGUGAAGGAGGAGCUCAACAUGAUCCAAGGCGCGCUGGAGCUCAGGACCAAAACCGUGGAGGGUGUCAUGACAGCAAUCGGCGACUGCUUCAUGAUACACAGCGACGCUGUUCUGGACUUCAAUACCAUGUCCGAGAUCAUGGAGAGCGGGUACACCAGGAUACCUGUGUACGAGACCGAGAGGUCCAACAUCGUGGACAUCCUUUACGUCAAGGACCUGGCCUUCGUGGACCCGGACGACUGCACCACCCUCAAGACCAUAACCAAGUUCUACAACCAUCCGGUCCACUUUGUGUUUCACGACACCAAGCUGGACUCCAUGCUGGAGGAGUUCAAGAAAGGAAAAUCUCACCUGGCCAUCGUCCAGAAGGUGAACAACGAGGGGGAGGGAGAUCCUUUCUACGAGGUGGUGGGGUUGGUCACCCUAGAAGACGUGAUCGAGGAGAUUAUCAAAUCAGAGAUUCUGGAUGAAUCAGAUCUUUACACUGAUAACCGUAACAGGAAAAAGGUUGCACCCAAUAAGAAUAAGAGAGACUUCUCUGCCUUCAAACACGAGAGCGAAUCAAAAGUGAAGGUCUCUCCUCAGCUGCUGCUCGCUGCUCAUCGCUUCCUUGCUACAGAGGUGAGCUUGUUCAGCCAAUCACAGGUGUCAGACAAAGUGCUGCUGAGAAUCCUGCGCCAUCCAGACGUGAUCCAGGAGAUCAAGUUCAACGACAGCGACAAGCGCUCGCCCCAUCACUACGUCUACCAGAGGGGCAAACCCGUGGACUACUUUGUCCUCAUCCUGCAGGGACGUGUGGAGGUGGAGGCCGGCAACGAGAACAUGAAGUUUGAGACCGGACCUUUCUCCUUCUACGGUGUCAUGGCACUCAAUGCUCCCACGCUGGAGUUUCGUUCGCCGUCCAACGUCAGCGGGUUAAACCGCACGGCCUCUCUGAGUGGAGCCGACAGGACGGAGUCGCUCUCCGUCAGUGGCAGCAGCAGCCAGCUGAAUAACAGCAUCCCGUCGCAGCAGUACACACCAGACUUCUACGUCCGAGCACUCACAGACCUGCAGUUUGUCAAGAUCACACGGUCCCAGUACCAGAAUGGCCUGAUGGCGUCUCGUCUGGACAGCACGCCACAGUCCCCAGAGAGCGGCCACAACAUUGCCCGCAUGGAUCAGACCACUCCCCCUGCCACCACUGUCAACAUCCCCAUCACGGACCUGGGAACAGACUCCACCCCCAUGGAGAACGGGCCGGACGAGACGACGCUCCUCCUCCUCAAUGAGCAGAACUCUCCGCACACAGCCAACCACCACAGCCAGCUGGAGAACAGCAUCUGACCCCCUGUCAUACGUCUUUCUGCUACGUUUGCACGCGUGCACUACUACGCCAGAAUGUGUGCUGAGGAAGGGAGAAGCAUGCGUGCGUUUGUGUGUCAGGGCGGAUGCAGAUACAAGCUUUUGCACAGCUGGCAAUACAUACAGAGACAAGCCAUGUGCAUGCAUAUUGUGUAAAUAUGCAAGGAAUGAACACAACGCUAGCAGACAGACAUGCCAAAGUGUAUGUUUUCCAUCACGAACAGACUUAAAACACAACACUCAUUUAUGGUAGAGAGGAGUACCUGUAUGUGUGUGUCUGUAUGUUUCCACAUGCUCCUUAUUGUAUUAUCAAACAUCUUAAGGACCUGCUUGACUGGACCAGAAAAGCUCCUUCUCCUCUCUCUCGCCCAUCAACAUUUUCUGUGUGCGUGUUGCUUCCAAUUUCUUGUUCCUAUUCAGAGACUCAGGGAGACCCCUUACCCAACCACCCUGCGUGUCGCAUGUGUAGCAGCCUGCAACCCCCUCCCCAACACCCAUACAGCUAGAAGACAAAGACGACCCAAGCAUGUCAGCAGAGUUCACACAAAUUAAUAUAUGUUCCUUAAAAACCUAUAGUGAUAUAUUUAUUGAAAAUUCUGUGAGAGAUGAACACACAAGAGAAUUUUAGUGACUACUUUUCAGGCGGGGAUGGGAGGGAAGGGGUUUGGGGUGGAUUUAUAUAAAUAUAUAAAUAUAUUUUCCUUCUUGUUUCCUGGAUAGAAUCAGUGAUUAGCCGAGAGCCUUUAUCCCAGAGCUGUUAAUAAAUUCAUCAGCAAUUGACAGCCUGUCUGUACCGUGAUUAAGACAAUCGAUCAUUAUGAAUGUGGUAAAUUAAGUGUGUAGGGUAUAUUAACUGUUGCAGACCCUCUUCUCUUGGUGAAAUCUUUUAUAUUUGACCUGUGAAAAAUGUCAUGAUGAGCAGUUUCCGUCUCAAAAAGGUUGUAGGUGUUUACUGAUAAGAGAGGGUGAUUUGUAUGUGCAUACGUAUGUGUGUUUGUUUAUGACCAAAAUGGCCGUCACAACACUUGGCGGCAACAGAAACCAAAAGAGGAAAGCUUGAUCACAUUCUGAUUAGAAAAUACUAGAAAAUCUGAGACUUCUAUUUAUUGAGGUGUGUGUGCGUGCAUAUAUCCUUUUGUUGUAUGAGGGAGAAAUGUGAUUUUUAUUUUGCCUCGUGAAAUUUUACAUGUUUAAUGAUCAUUUGAUUUGGUUGCGUUUGGGUUCCUUUUUUAUUAUCUGUUCUGUGAGGGGGUCACUCUUGUCAUACUGAACAGCUGACACAUAUUUUUUGUUUCGUGUGUUUCUGCAGACACACCGUUCAACCCUGGCCUCAGCCAAUUUCAUGGGAAACAAUUUUGUAUAUUUACUGAUUUUCACAAGGUCUUUUUUCACAGAAAUGCUCACACUCCAGUUUUAUUUUACUGUAAGUUCUGGUGAGAUUUAAAAGGAAAAUCAAUCCUUAAAACUCAAGUUCUGUGUCUUGACUGAAUUUUCUUUGCCUGAUUUUAAGCAGAGCCACAGUGCUGUUUCUUUUUUUUGUGUUUUUGAAGUACAUCAAGAAAAGUGAUUAAUACAUUGGAUUCUGUUCUGAAAGCCAAAGAGAGACAGCUGGGACACACACUAACUACAUGUACCAGAAUGCAAUGCAGCCACAUGAAAAGUUGUGUUUUUAGUAAGUUUCACCCCUGGUUUUACUCAAGUCUUUUCUGCUUCGCUUUGAGUAUCUCUGCAAGUACAUUUUUCAUGUUUUUCCACAUAAAUCACAGGUGAAUCAAAGGAGUUGCCCUCUGCUCUUCUCUCUAAAUGGUGUGCAGAAAGUGAUUUGGGGAAAUGAUAGUACAUCGGGAGAAGAAGACGACACAUGAGCUGUAGGGAAGUGGCUUCACCACAAAAACCAACCAUAAUUUUAACACUUUUAUUUAUAGUUUCUGAACUUCUAAGAUAAAAACCUUACUUUUGACCACACAUUUUGUAAUCACUGAAGUCCAUCUUUGUCAACAAACAAACUGUGUGAAAGUUAAACUAACGAAGCCCUAUUUUGGUUUUGGUUGACCUGGCCUACUCUUUCUACCCUGUCAGAGGAAUGAUAAAGCACUUUUAUUUCUGUUAUUACAACUAAUCUGAAACUGAAGCUUAACCAAAUGGUGUCAUUUCUGUUUUCGUGUGAAUUUGGAAUUACUUCAUAUCUUGAGGAAGCAUAAAUGUCACAAGCCCUCUGAAAACAAAAGCACAAAAAAAACUGAAACAUUUUCAGGACUCUUUGCUGAUUAUGAAAAUGAAAAAGCAAUUUAACAAAUGAAAAAGCAAUAUAAGCACUCACCCAGCAUCCUGUCCUGCUUUUGAGUAUGGGAAUACGAAAAAUAACUAACAAAAAUUGACGACAAGUUGUUUAAUGCAUUUUGUCUUUCAAACAGUAUGCCAGUGAUUUAUCUUCAGGUUGCAAAUAUUUGAGCUGAAUUUAAUGAUUUGUCUUUUAAAUAUUUCAGUUAUUUUACAUCCAGUUUAUGAACAUCCAAGUCAUUUAAAUUCACCUAAAGUUUAAGAAUUAAUUUUGAGGGUUUUUUUACACAGUGCUGUAAUGAAGUUUGACUCAAUGUGCUGAAAGCAGUACAAUUUGAGUCCAAUUGAACUUCUCCUUGAAAAUAAUGCUGUUCUGACAAUUGUAUUUUAACUUGAAAUGUUCAGUCACAUAAUUCAUAUUUCACAACAAUCAAAUAAAAAAGGCAGACUAGACUUUUAAGUAAUAUCAUAUCAUUGAGUUAAAUUUCAGUGAAGCCAAGAUUGCAGACUUAAAUUUCAGGAAAAGUUAAUAAUUAAAAUGUGAAUAAGUAGGAUGGAAUACAUCUGAACUCAAUAUUGGCUCCUCAUGAUUUGGAGGAUUCAUGAAAGUUAAGUUUAAUAUUUUGUGACCAACACGGUUGUUGAAUGACAAAACAACAGUAACCCAGUACUAGAUACAAAAUAUCUAGCUAUUUAUUUUAUCACAACCAGCUGAUGACAUUUUUUGUCUGUUGUAGUCACUGAAACUGGUUAGGAUGCCUGUUAACAUAUUUGCAUACGGUAAGUUUCUAAAGCUAGCUUGGAUUUGCUAACAUCUGCUAAACUAGCUAGCUUGAGAACACCUUAAGCAAAAUUUUGUUCAGUUUAUCUUGAAGGUGUUUUCUUAAAUUCGGAAAAGCAGCAGCACUUUUCUGGGAUUUAGUGUCCAUAAAAAUAUGACUGAAAGAUAUCUGGGUUUCAGAUGUAGGCUACUUGAUGGUAGAGUUGAGCUCUUGCACAGUAGCUAUAGUUUGAUUUGUUAGCAUUUGAAAACCACAACAUUUAACAACAAGCGUUAUGUAUAAGGGUAUAGGGGGAGUCAACGCCUUUUUUAAUAAGUUAAAUUAACUGCACAGACCAAACCAAAGUUUAAAUGUUAACAAGCUAAAGGCAGCUGCUGCUAGCAGACAUAGCAAUCUGUGUAAAUAUUGGACUCAAACUGGUUUCUUCAUUGAAACAUUGCAUUGCCUCAGUCUGACUGUUGACACCUGUGAUCUUGUGAAUUUACCUUUAAACAUACCGCUUGCUGCUUUUUUGUUCAUUGUGGGGUAUUUUUGCUCUAAGAGACGUGUAUGGAGUACCAAUGUCACAAAAAGGGUAUGGACUAAAUUAAUGAAAUAAAAAGUUUUUUAUUUUUUAUUUUUA